AAUACUGCCCAAUUUACAUGUGCAUGAACGUUUACAGUGCUGCCAACUUAGCCUUAUAAUCUAAUAUUAUUCAUAGAAAAUCCAACCCUCUUCUCUUCUCUUCUCUUCUGUCUCCAUUUUCACCUUCAAAUAAUUUAUAAGAAAGGACUAACAUUACAUAUUUGAACCUUUCACAACACUUUGUUCCUCUGUCUAUCUAUUCUAUAAACCAUGAUUACCGGUAAGGAUAUGUACGAUGUAUUCGCGGCAAUAGUGCCUUUAUAUGUUGCUAUGAUAUUAGCAUACGGAUCAGUAAGAUGGUGGAAAAUCUUUACACCAGAUCAAUGUUCUGGUAUUAAUCGUUUUGUCGCCGUUUUCGCAGUUCCGUUGCUAUCUUUCCAUUUUAUAUCUUCCAAUGAUCCAUAUGCUAUGAAUUACCAUUUCUUAGCAGCUGAUUCACUUCAAAAAGUUGUUAUUCUUGGUGCUCUUUUUAUAUGGAACACUUUCACAAAAAACCCAGAAAGUCUUGAUUGGACUAUUACACUUUUUUCACUUUCUUCUCUUCCUAACACACUUGUUAUGGGAAUCCCUCUUUUAAAAGCUAUGUAUGGUGAUUUCUCAGGAAAUUUAAUGGUUCAAAUUGUUGUUCUACAAAGUGUUAUUUGGUACACACUUAUGUUGUUUUUGUUUGAAUAUAGAGCUGCUAAACUUUUAAUAACAGAACAGUUUCCUGAAACAGCAGCUUCUAUAACAUCAUUCAAAGUUGAUUCUGAUGUUGUUUCAUUGAAUGGUAGAGACCCACUUCAAACUGAUGCUGAGAUAGGUGAAGAUGGUAAACUUCAUGUUGUUGUUAAAAGAUCAGCUCCUACAUCAAUGGUUUCUUCAUUCAAUAAGUCUCAUUUGACUAACAUGACACCAAGAGCUUCAAAUUUAACUGGUGUUGAGAUUUAUUCUGUUCAAUCAUCAAGAGAACCAACACCAAGAGCUUCAAGUUUUAACCAAACUGAUUUUUAUGCAAUGUUUCAAAGUAAAGCGCCCAGUCCGAAACACGGUUAUACAAAUAGUAAUGGUGAUGUUUAUUCCAUGCAAUCUUCCAAAGGUGUGACGCCGAGGACGUCGAAUUUUGAAGAGGAGAUGAAGAUAAAUAAGAGAAGGGGAGGGAGGAGUAUGAGUGGUGAGCUGUUUAAUAAUGGUGGUUCUUAUCCACCUCCAAAUCCAAUCCUUUCUGGUUCAACUAGUGCUGGUACAAAGAAGAAAGAUGGAAGUAGUGGUAGUGCAGCUAGUAACAAAGAGUUACAUAUGUUUGUUUGGAGUUCAAGUGCUUCACCUGUUUCUGAAGGGAAUCUAAGACAUGCUGUUAAUAGAGCUGCUUCUAAUGAUUUUAGUACUGUUGAUCCUUCCAAAUCUGUUCCACAUGAAAGUUCUGUUGCUUCAAAAGCUGUGAAUGAAAUGAUUGAGAACAUGAGUCCUGGUCAUAGAGGGAGUGGAGAAACAGAAGUUGAAAUUGAGGAAGGAACAAAACUUCCAAAUAAUGUGUCACCAUAUAUAAGCCAGAAGAAGAUGGACAUAGAAGGAGGUGGUGAUCAUACAAACAAAAACACACAGAUGCCACCUGCAGGUGUGAUGACAAGACUUAUUCUAAUCAUGGUUUGGAGAAAACUCAUCAGAAAUCCUAAUACCUAUUCAAGUCUUAUCGGACUCGUUUGGUCUCUUAUAUCAUACAGGUGGCACAUUGAAAUGCCCACUAUUGUGAAAGGUUCCAUCUCUAUACUUUCUGAUGCUGGUCUUGGAAUGGCCAUGUUCAGUCUAGGUCUGUUCAUGGCAUUACAGCCUAAGCUGAUUGCAUGUGGAAAAUCUGUUGCAACAUUUUCUAUGGCUGUUAGGUUCUUGACAGGUCCAGCUGUGAUUGCGGCAACCUCAAUAGCAGUCGGUAUUCGUGGAGUUCUUUUACAUGUUGCAAUUGUUCAGGCUGCACUUCCACAAGGUAUUGUUCCCUUUGUGUUUGCCAAAGAAUACAAUCUCCAUCCAGAUAUACUCAGUACUGGGGUUAUUUUUGGAAUGUUGAUUGCAUUGCCUAUUACAAUAAUCUACUAUGUGCUUCUUGGAGUAUAGCAUAUUUUGGAUGCAGAAACAAUAGCUGCUACUGUGCUGCAGAGGAUUCAAACACGUAAAAUUAUGCUGUUGCUGUACGUAAAUUCAAGGCUCACUCAAACAAAUGAAUCCAAGGAAAUGUAUUAAUUAGAAGAUAUUGAAUUUUAUUAGGGGAAAAAAAAAGGAGAAAUGAUAUACAGUAUAGCAGAAUGUGCUAAUUAAUUAUAUAUUAAUUUUGAUUCAAAUUAUGAAAGUUUGGAUUUGAUUUGUUCCACAUUUCCAGCUUAUUAGUCUUCAUUCCCUUAAUUUGUUAAUGGAAAUUAAAAUCUUUUGAUUAGGUGGGAAAGCAAAGAGAUUACAUCC